AUGGGGCGGGUGUCCGGGCUGCUCUCCUGGACGCUAAGGCGAGUCCUGUGGCUCUCCGGCCUCUUUGAGUGGGGAGGUGCCUGGCAGCCCUGGAUCAUGGAUGAAAAAGCGCUAGAGGUUUAUGAUUUGAUUCGAACUAUCCGGGACCCAGAGAAGCCCAAUACUUUCAAAGAACUGGAAGUGGUAACAGAAAGUAGUGUGGAGGUUCAGGAGAUAAAUGAAGAAGACUAUUUGGUUACUAUCAGGUUCAUGCCAAUAGUAUCUCACUGCUCUUUGCAACCCUUAUUGGUUGGAAAUCUACAUUUCUGAAGGAACCCACUCAACAGAGGAAGACAUCAACAAGCAAAUAAAUGACAAAGAGGGAGUGGCAGCUGCAAUGGAAAACCCCAACUUACGGGAAAUUGUGGAACAGUGUGUCCUU